AUCAAUAAUUGAAUUUUAUAUCCAUUUCAACUCAUAGAACUUGUAACCAAUUUAUUAUACUACUGCUAUAGUGCUAUCUAAUAACACAACCACCACUCUUAACAACAAACAAAUUUCUUCUUCUUCUUGUUAUUCUUCUGGUUGUUGUUGUUGUUGUUGUAGAAUGAGAUCAAUGGCUAUUACAGGCUAUUCUUCAACAUAUAUUCUUGUUCAAAGUCCUGGUUCUGUUUUAAGGCCUGCAAGAAAGACUUUUAUGCUUAAACAAAGUCAAGUUCCAAUCUUGAAAACACCUGCACUUAAGAUCAGAUCAUCCUUCAAAACCAAGGUAUUUGAGGACAAGUUAGAAGGUAUAAUCUGCUAUAGAGAUGAGAAUGGUGAGAUGGUUUGUGAAGGAUAUGAUGAGGGCCCUCGGUUUCCUCGACAGAUUCCAACAACAACAUAUGAUCCAAGGGAUGCUGAGAUAAUGAACAUUCUUCUACAGAGGUGGCUUGAUAUUGUUAACAAUGGUGAAUCAAGCAAAGCUGACAAAGGAGUUGCUGUGAAAGAAGACAUCAAUGGGAAUGGCUUUAAUUCAUUCUACUAAUCAAUGCUUAACUGGACAACAAUUCUUCAAAUGUAUUGAAAUAACAGUGGUGCAGUAUGUAAACAGAUUUCCUCAAGACAUAGGAUGUGAAUAGUGGAGCAUAAAAGCACUGGUUUUAUCUUUGAGGCACUUUCGUCCUUUGUAAUGUUCUCUUUCAAUGCCUUGCUGUAAAUCAAAGAAUUUGCAGACCAUGUAUAGGUAAUUUACUCAACUAUGAACACCAAAAGAUUAAUAAUAAAGUGGCAUUUAGAAA